AUGUCGUUGCUCGCCGCCCCGACGCGUCAGGCGCUCCUCUCGUUACUGCCCGCGCUAACGCCUACCAAUCGUCAAUCCGCGGCCAUCGCUUGCACCAGGCCAGAACCCUCGACCAUCGCUAGCGCCGAUGCCAGCUGCAGCAGGCCCGAGCUGCUGACCUCGUACGGCCAGUUGGUGGGAUCGCUGGUCGACGAGGUCGCGCUCGCCACUGCGGGAGACACGGUCGAACUUGGCCUGUACCUGCUGGAGGGCGGCGACUCUAGCGCGCGCGUGCUCGAUGCGCUGGAAACGGCCGGCGGGCGCGGCGUGCAUGUCAGCUUCGUGCUUGACGUGUCAUACGUGUCCGAGAUCUCGCGGCUGAUCGAGAGGACAGACACACUCAUCCCUCGGGUUGCGGAGCUGGCGCGCCGCCACGACUGGUGCGACGUGACCUAUCGGUCCAAGCCCGAUCACGCAAAGUAUGCGCUCUUCGCGCGGCGCGCCGGCGAGGCCGCCAUCCUCGGGGGCAUCAACCUCGGCGAUCGGUUUGACGACUGGGAGGACUUUGCUGUGCGGCUGCCGCCGCCGCAAGCAGAGCGGCUCCGCCUCUCUCUCCUGCUGGGCGACCUCCUCUCGCCACUCCGCUCCUCGUGGCCGGACGGCGCAGAAGACGUCCUCGUCGGAGGCGAGUGCGAUGUCGACGCCGGCGCAUCGGGAGGAGGAGGCGGCGCGUGCGACGGCCGCUACUUGCCACGCGCGUCGCUGUCGCUCGCUCCGCCGGCCGUCGAGUUUGUGUGCAACCGGCGCGAGCAGGGCCGGCGCGAGAUUAGCGGAGAGACGAGAGGAGCCGUCGCGUUGGCGCUGCGGCGCGGCGCGGUCGUCGAGCUGUUGCUGCCUGAGUGCGCGAACGUCUACGCGCACGAAAACCGGAAGGCGGCGCAGGCGCUUCUCGACGGAGGCUGGCCCACGCUGCGGCUUUUCCUCUCGCCAGUGAUGGGCGACCUCGCGUUCCUCGGCUCGGCGAACCUCGUGCGCGGCUCGAUGAACUUGCCGGUCCACCAGGGGUUGCUGCCGUACGAUGAGCUCAACGUGCUCGUGGCCGACGCCGAGUUCUGCGCGACGCUCGACUCUGCGCUCGACAAGCUCUUUGCGCGCGCACGGCCGAUCGCGCCGGGUCACGACUUGCUCGCGGAGCCGGGGUGGAGCGACCCGAAGGGCCGCGCCUACUCGGACGCAAGAGCGCAAUGGGAGGAGCUAUGGCAGUGA